AUGUAUGUGAAAUGCUUUGAUACAGUAAUGUUUUACUAUGUUAUUUUAGUGAAUUUAGUGAAUGUCACUUUUUGUCAUUUUCAAAUUUCCCACCAGUUCUGUCCCCCGUACGUACCGACGUUACUGGGGAUGGAACCCAGAAGACAGAUGCCGGCAUCCGCCGGAGGACAUUACAGGGGACACUGCAGGAGGGACAUCGCGGGAGCGCAGGACAAGGUAAGAGAAGAACAGAUCCCGGAGCAGCGCCGCAUGGUAAGCCCGAGUGUAGCUCGGGGUUACCGCUUGUGCUACACUCGAGAAUACCGCCAGGGAGGCUAC